CACCUAACCGUUACCGCUUGUGACGAACGCGCGCACCUAGGAUCGCGGCGCAGGAGUUCGCGCGCGAUUUGCAUAUAUUCAAAAAUCGAACGCUGCGACUGUUACACGAAUUGAUGUUUUAAAAUAAAUAAAUAUUAAAAUUACUUUCGAUUUUUAAAAAAACGAAAUAUAAAUAAAAUUUUAAAGGACUUUUUAAUAGACGGUACAAUAACAAGAAACACGCAAAGGCCACAACAAAUGGGGCCUCAGUGAAGUGAUGAUAUAUGGUUGUGAAUAAGUUUUAAUAAAAAGAUACGCGUGACGUAGUCAUGGCUGUGGAUAGCAAAAAUGCGGAGAAUAACAAAACUGCUGAUAAAACUCUUAAUGUUAAUGGUGGUGACUUAAAUGGAACUAAUGUAAUUAAGAAUAGAUUUAGUAAAACUAAGGAAUAUGAUAAUAUGACGAAUGUUAAACUCGACAAAGAACAUGAAAGUACUAAAAAUGAGAAAGUUGAAGAAGAGAGUUGGGAAGGACUAAGUCAUUUUCAGAGACUAAGACGAAUGAUCUCUCUCAUAACAGUAGAACCGAUUUUGGCUUGUUAUGUGAUGCCAUCAGUGCUGUCUAUAUUAGCAACACAGAACCUUUACUUAGAGAAAGCCUGUCGAGUAAAUCUUCAGUUUGACCAUCACAUUUGUGAUGCCUUAACGCUAAGAGAAACAGCUAAUUACACUGCCGAAGAAGAAGCAGUUCAAAGAUUAGUAGCAUCCGUAACUGGUUGGAAGACUGUGCUACAAUCGUUUCUGCCUUGCGGUAUAUUAAUAUUUCUUGGAGCGUAUAGUGACAGAGUUGGACAGAGAAAAGUUUGCAUGCUGUUACCAAUAGUUGGUGAAUUUUUGACGAGUAUAGGCUUGAUUGUGAAUACUUAUUUUUUCUACGAGCUACCAGUUGAAGUGGCGGCUGUGACGGAGGCUAUAUUUCCAGCCCUGACGGGUGGCUGGUUCACGAUGUUCAUGGGAGUGUUCAGUUACAUAGCAGAUAUAACGACAGAAGAACAAAGGACGUUGCGGAUAGGGAUAGUGAAUCUGUUCCAUUCAGUAGGAGUGCCAGUUGGGGCGGCUCUCAGUGGAAUAUUGGUGCGAAAGAUUGGCUUAUACGGUGUGUUCUCAGUUAGUGCAACCCUGUACGUUUUGAGCUUCAUCUACGGUUUCAUUCGUAUCAAGGAAGUGAAGAAGUCUGAUCCCUCUGUGAAACCACCAGCAAAUUGCUGCGAAUGGCUACGAACCUUCUUUGAUACUCGAUAUGUCAAAGAAACUUUGGUGGUGGCUUUCAAAAAAGGACCAAACAACAGAAGACUGAGGGUCAUCAUGCUGGUUGUCGUUAUGUGUGUCAUUAUAGGACCUAUUUAUGGUGAAAUGUCUGUUCUGUACCUCUUCACGAGAUACCGCUUCAAUUGGAACGAAGUGGACUACAGCAUGUUCUCUACUUACGCCAUGUGUACUUCAUUAGUAGGUACUUUAUUUUCGGUGGGUGUAUUUAGUCAUUUACUGAAGUUUGAUGACGCUAUAAUAGGAGUAAUAUCGUGUACCAGUAAAAUUCUGGCCGGAAUCAUGUACGCCUUUGCUACUAAAACGUGGCAUAUUUAUAUAGCUCCAUUAAUUGAAGUAUUCAAUGGAACAUCGUUCAUAGCCAUGAGGUCAAUGGUCUCCAAAUUAGUGGACAAACAUGAAUUGGGCAAAGUAAAUUCUUUCUUCGGCGUGGCUGAAGCGAUGAUGCCGCUUAUCUACGCACCUAUGUACACUACUGUAUAUACAGCGACAAUCAAGACCUUCCCUGGGGCAUUCUUCCUCCUAGGCGGAGCUCUUACUAUGCCAGCCGUGGUUAUCUUCUUAUGGCUGUACUUAGCUAACAAGAAGCAGAUCCAAGCCAAUUUGGACAAAGAAGCUGAAUUAGGAGCCAAUGCAGAGAAGACCGGCUUGGAAAAUAAAGCUUAUGAGACUGACGAAGUAGAUAAAAAAACAAAUGCCAAUACUACGGAUGAAAAAAAUGACGUCAUUGUCCAAUCACAAAUAGAAAUGGGAUUUAUAGAAAGUAUGGUAAAUAAUAGUAAGGUACAACUUUAGUUUGUAAGGCACAUGCCUAGACUGUUAAUAUUUUAAUGGGAAUAUACAUAUGAUUUUAUUUAUGGAUAUGAAUUUACAAAAAUUAAUGAACAUUGUCAUGAUGUAGAUGUGUGGUAGAUGUUGUAUGAAGCAGAUAGUUUUCGAAACUAAUCCAAGAUUUGCUUUUGAUGUCAGAAACUGCAAUAUUUUGUAUCUGAGAUCGUAGGCACAAGUUGCUAUUUACUUGUUCCAAACAAUUACUUUUACUGGCAAUCAUCUAUCUAUUUAUUUUGGAUCUUUCUUCUUUUCUGUAUUUUGUCAAUAUAAUAGAAUGUAAUAUUCACUUUUGUAUUUGGAUGGAAGAGCUUUUUUCUGUUUCCGUUUCUAAGUCUUGUACAAAAAUUUUCUUUUAACUGAAUCUGAACAUUGUCGAAGUGCAAUCGAUCGAUGUAAUUCUUGGCGUCAGCAAGAUCCUUGAGAUGAAUUAUAUAUUCAUGAAGUAUAUGAAUCGGAUUUAGUCUCGAAUACUGACCGCUUAAUGCAUUCUCUACCUUAUUAGUUUAUCGAUGAAACACUUGUACCUUAUCCGCAAAUAAUGAUUAACUACAACUACUACUUAGAAUCAGGUAGUUAUACCCGUAGACUCCGGCCUAUCGCCGUACUAAAUUAAUGUUUUUGGAAAUAUGAAACUAAAAUUACUAAUAACAAUUUUAAAUAACCAAGCCAAUCUAGAAUGAAAGGGGAAUUAGAAAGAAAGAAAUUCUUCAAAGCAGUCACCUUUGAAGAAUUUCUAGCUCUUGAUGUGCCUCUUGACUUUCUCUUGAUGAGAGAAUUUUCUUAGAAAUGUUUUUGACAAACUCUAAUAAAAAUCCUACAUCAAAGUUUUUUUUUUUGUACAAAAAUAAAAUCGCAAGACCAAGUUUUGUGUACCCAAUGAAGUGAUAUAGUUGAUAAUAAUGUAUUAGCCAUAAGAUAGUGUACGUAGACGUUAUUUUAGUUAUGUGUGAGUACUUAUUAAUUAAUGAAAAUAAAGAAAUGUUUUUAAU